GCCGACGGCGAGGGGCGUGGCCGACGUCCGCCACCAGCGACGCGCAGCGGGAAGAAAGAAAUGUGGCGCGAAACCCGCCACAACACCAUAGAUAAUGAAGAAAUACUACAUUAUUAUCUCUAGGCAACACGAAAACACUGAGAUAGAUAAGAAUAUCCAAUCAUAGAGUAUAACUCUAUAUCACGGUCUUCAGGUCUUAGAUGAUAUUUUCCAAUACCGUGCUCUAUGUCAUGUUCAUGAUUAAGAUAUAUCCUUGUUAUUGGAAUAUAUUUUUAUGUGUACUUAUAUUCUUAUCUAUCUUAGUGCAUGGGAAACGUUUUUUUCCAAAAUAUCGUAAUGGACGAAAGUGUAGGAAGUCGUUCGACCUUAUCAAGGUGGUCUAUCAAUAACCGAUAACCGUGGUUUGAACAAUACCGUACCAAUAUUCUAUACACACAAUUCAAAUUUGUGAUAUUGGCUAAUUUCUGUUGUAUAUUAUUUCGUGUUACCUUUGCUUAAAAUAUAACAGCUCAUAAUUAUUAUAUUUGAACCCAGUUGAUGAUGAACAAGCCCAAUAGUAUCAAGAAUACUAGGAAAAAACGAGAUGGAGUGGACUGUCACAAAAACCGUGAGUUUGUUGUCGAACCGACUCUGUAUUCAUCUGUCAUCCAAACGGAAUGGAACUUACGGAACAUUACUCACUCUCACUUGCCACCCAAGCCAAUCGUUAACAAAGUAAUUUUAAGAAUUGUACACAUUAUAGAUUUUAUUAUUUAUGUUUUUUUUUUUUUUUUACAUUUUUCAGGCAAUUAUAAGUACUAGAGAAGUUAAUUUUCCGUUUAAGGACCAAAUGUAUGACUACUCGAGUAUGGUCGAUGUCGGAUUAAACAGUGGUAUCAAGACUCUGAGGAAACCUAAGUCCCAGGAAGUACAGUCAAUCAAACAACCAGAACCUAAGUUAAGUGAUUAUUUUCAACCAAGUUUUGAUAAUGUUCAAAGAAUACAAAUGAAAAGUGUGAAAACUUCUCCAGAACUAACUGUGCAAUAUGAUGGUUUAGCAGUAACCAGAAUAUUGAAUGAGGUUGAUGAUUUAGUUUUUAAAUAAAUUCAGUAAAUUUUAAAGUAAGUACGUAUAAUGUUAUACCUACUUGUUAUUGUAGGGUAAUAUUACAAGUAAUGACAGUAAUGUGAUAUUUAUAAAACUAAUUAAGAUUGUUUAAAAAAAAUAUAAUAUUUUAG